UCUGUUUAAAAAGUGCAUUUAUAAAACAUAACAUUCAUACAGCGAAGAUUAUUGCAACGUUGCUUUAAUAACGUUUAAAUAAACAUCAAGAUGCACGACACGAUAAUACGGCUGGCAGAUGUGUGGAAGACAUGCAACAAAAUCCGCGCGGCCGUGUUCCGCGUGGGCCUCGACCUAUGGCAGUGGUACCGCCCUCUCGACCCUGAAGGAAAUACCCUCAUAUCUGAGUCCAAGUUCGUGUCGGUGUUGGCGGGCCCGCUGCGGUCGGUAGUAGGUCUGUCCGACGCAGAGAUUGCCCAACUAGCCGAUUACUUCCGCGCUCAGGACGGCCGCAUCCUAUAUGACCAACUCUGCCAGGUCAUACACGGGGAAGAUCUAGGACGGGAGAAAACGUCUUCAGACUGUCUGCUGGACGCAUGUCCGCCUCCCCCUGAGCCCGAGUGCCACAAACUUGAUCAAUGGCAGAUGCGUCGCCUGUGCUGCUUGCUAGCCACCAUCGCGCAGCGCGAGAUUCCGCUUAGGCCGUACUUCCAGGACUACGAACUGGUAGCUAAGAACGAUGGGCGAAUAACUUUUGCACAUUUUGCACGUAUCUUGGACUUCAUCGGCAUAAUCGUUUCGCCGGAGGACUUCAACCUACUUGUGAGACGCUUCAUCAGGGACUCGUAUACUAUCGACUACGUAGAGUUCCUGAAGGCUCUGGAAGCUGUAAAAAAAGAAGGAAUUCGAGGUCUCGGGCCGGCAUUUAACCACCCAAAAGCCGUUAUCGACACUACCUUACCGAAGAUCUCACGACCAGAAAUCGAAGCUGGAUUAUCUCCAUCUGCACUGGGUAGUUCCGAAGUAUUCCACCCAGCUCUUGAACCACCGAAACCUUCUCGGCAACUUCUCGAAGUAAUGAUGACGGUCCAACAGUUUGUAUUGCAACGUCGGAUCAGAGUCUCUGAAUUUUUUAGGGAUUACGACCCGCUGCACAGCGGCCGCGUGUCCCCGCAGCAGUUCCGCCGCGCGCUGGACGCCAUGGGGCUGGCGGCUGUCGUUUCGGAUCGCGAGGCGCGCCUCAUCACGUGCUACUACACGCACGGUGGCCUUGUCUGCUGGCGUACUUUCGAGGACGACUGCGACCAAGUGUUCACGAUAAAAGAGUUAGAGAAGCACCCCACCGUAUCGGUAUCGGACACGCCGGCGGAGACGCGUACGGCGGUGGCGGUGCGGGACGUGGACGCGCCGGAGUUGGCACAGGCGGGGCUGCUGCGGCUACGGGCCGCAUGUAAAGAACGCUCCAUUGACUUGAGACCUAUGUUCGGAGAACACGACGAGCACAACAACGGCCACGUAUCUCGCGCGCAACUCCGUCGCGUGCUGGCGCGAGCAACCGUUCUCACGGCGCCGGAACAACUCAGCGCGUUAGAACAGCGCUACCUGGACGACUGUGGAUUCAACUACUUUUCACUGCUUGACGAGUUGGAAGAGAAACCAGUGGAGAGCUCGACGGUGGCGCGCGCGAUGCCGGUUCGGACGGAAAUGGCGCGCGGGCCUGAUCCGCGGCACACGGACAUCGUGCAAAUCCUCGCUAAGAUAAAGGGAAAGGUGUCACGGGAAGGCGUGCGUCCGCGCGAGUUCCUGCAGCAGUUCGACUUGAGACGCGAGCGCGUGAUCCCGCGCGCGGACUUCUACCGCGGGCUCGCUAGUGCCGGACUCGCCCUCGCGCCGGCCGAGGUGGAGACGCUCAUGGACGUGUUCAGCGCACCAGGCCGAUGCCGCUUUGUAGAGUACGAGCGGUUCUGUGAGACGGUAGGCGAGGCGCUGGCGCAGAGCGGGCUGGAGCGCGCGCCGCUGUUGCAGCCCACGCCACACGCGCCGCCCGAAGCAACGCUUUGCCAUCUCGACUACGAGGAGCGCGCUCUCGUCGCCGGCGCGCUCGCCAAGCUUGCCAAGUUUCCCGAUCAGCUUUCUAAUAUACUUGAGGUUUUCAAGGAUGCGGACCCGCAGCGUUGCGGCUCGCUGCCGCGCUCGGCGCUCGAGCGAGCGCUGUCGCGGCGCGGGCUGCUGGAGCGCGUGUCGGCGCGGGAGCGGGAAGUCGUCUACAAGUGCUUCGGCUACCGGCGCGGGUGUAGGGACGAGGUUAACUACAGAGCCCUGUGCAACGCUCUAGACGUCCUCCACGCCACGUCCAGUGCACAGCCAUGCUGAACUGCUGUUGAAUACUAAAUAAUUUAGACGUCAAAAUUAUUCCCGAGCUGUAU